AUGCCCGAAAGAGGAGAGUCUGCUCGGAAAUCUAGACGACGUGGUGGUUCGCGGAUGCUGUCUGUACUGAGAUCAUUGACGAAUAGCGCUUCUGGCAACUCCGUCAGGGAACCUGCAACAUGGCCGGCACCUUCACCUACCGAGAGAUCACCUGGGCCGCGUCGACGCUUUAGGAAGUUAUCCAUGCCGUUUCUCCGGAGCCCCUUUGGCGCCUCUGUUACUGUUAUCCAUCGAUUUAGAUCUAAAUCUAGACAGUCUUGCGCGUCUACGGAGAGAGUCGUCAACGAUUCGCUCCAAGUUGUUUCUCCCGAGACAGUUGUUUCCUCUAUCUCCAAUGGAAAUUCGUAUAGCAAUGGUAAUACUACUUCCAGCGGCAAGUCAUCCGGCCCGACCAAUGGGACCGGUGGAACUGGCGGAACUGGCGGAACCGGUACCACCGGAAAGACAUCUCUGGAAUCCAAAGGGGAGUGCAAUUUAGGAGAAAGGAAGAUUAUCAAGGCGACUCGUGAGAGAGAACAGGAGGCUACAGCAACUGCCGAACCAAACCUUACCCCGAUUCAGGAGACGGCUCUCGAUCUAUCUUCGCCAACUAUUUUAACCGUUGAACGAGCCGCAGCUGCAAAGAUAUUCCUUGAGAACUACUAUAACGAAAAACUCACGAAGCCCAGCCCACGUACUCUUCGUCGUCGUUACUUAGAAGGGGAGCUGUACCAUAAUUCCAGACUCACGGAAGCAGAAAAGAAUGCUAGGCGUCGUGCGUUUUAUAAACAAGAGACAGACUAUCUUCGGGAAAUGAGAGUCUUAAAUGCAAAGAGUAUCGGAGCGGUACAAGGAAAACAUAAUCAACUUGCUGAAAACUAUGAAGUCCUCAAGAUUCUCGGCAAAGGAAGCUUUGGUGUCGUUAGGCUUGUCCGAGAGAAGACCCGCCCAGGCGAUUCCGAGCAUGAUAUGCGACAAGAUAAGCGGGUAUACGCCAUGAAGGUAAUACGCAAGACAGCAAUGUUAAGAACGAGCCAAGAGGCUCAUUUACGCGCGGAACGGGAUUUCUUAGUUGCUUCUGAAGGCUCUAAGUGGAUUGUGCCUUUAGUCACUAGCUUUCAAGAUGCCGCCAAUCUCUAUUUAGUCAUGGAUUAUAUGCCCGGUGGUGACUUUCUAGGCCUUCUAAUCAGAGAGAAUAUCCUCACUGAGCCGGUUGCCAAGUUUUACAUUGCCGAGAUGAUCCUAUGUAUCGAGGAGGCGCACUCAUUGCGUUGCAUACACCGUGAUAUCAAACCAGACAAUUUUCUCAUCUCUGCGUCUAGGCACUUGAAGAUAUCAGAUUUUGGUUUGGCUUUUGAUGGUCACUGGUCGCACGACACCAAUUACUAUCAUACGCAGCGAUACAGCUUAUUGCAAAAGUUCAAUAUACCAGUAGAAGGGGAUGCCAUUGACCGUGCCGAAGGGUUACAAGGUUCAGUUAAAUGGGCUCAAAGCGUAGCCCAGGCGAUGCAGAAACAUGAACGCCAUCCACCAUACCCAACCCCUCCUCCAUCACCUUUAUCAGAUGAACCGCUCUUGAACUGGCGUAACCGGUGCGGUAAUCGUAGCGCGGCGAGAUCUUGCUGGAGUGUCGGCGUCAUUCUGUACGAGUGUUUAUACGGCCACACUCCAUUUCUGUCAGAAGAAGGCGGUCGUCAACAGACGAAGCGCAAUAUUGUCAAUCACAAGCAGACAUUCGCAUUUCCGCCUCGACCCGUGAUUUCGAGACGGUGCAUGGAUCUUAUCGUCAACUUAAUCUGUAAGAAAGAGAAUCGUCUCUCAUCAAGGCGGUAUCGUUACCGGGAUACAAACCCGGAGCCUAUAGGCAGAAGUCGGCAUCGUCGUGGAUAUCAAGACUGGACGGGAAGAUCGGUAUAUCCCCACGAUGGAGAGGAUAUCAAAUCACACAAGUGGUUCCGUGACAUUCCCUGGGACCGUCUGCAGCACAUCCCUCCACCAUUUAUCCCACAGCUCUCAAGCUGCGAGGAUACACACUACUUCGACGAAGAGGAACCGAUAUCUGACUGGUCCGAGUCUCAACCUGAAGCAAGCACUGAGACCGAAGGCUUAGUUCUAAACCCCUUAAUCACAUGCAACAUCGUGAACGGUUUUCCUACUACUCCACCCCCUCGCCUAGUACCUUAUAGAAGCCCAGAGAAGGUAGCCGCCAUGCAAGCACAGCUAGCUUCAUUCCCGCGCCACGUCCGCGGCGUCGUCGGGCAGUUCGUAUCGGUGCCCUACGACUCGGCCAAACUCAAACGCAUAGACCGCGAGAUCGAAGUCAUGGUCCCCGAAAUGGAACUCUGCGACGAAAUAAAAGUAUUCAUACGGACGUUCGGGCGUCGCGAGCGGAAACGGCCUCGUGAUAGAUUGCUAAGGGAUAGAAAUACAAAGGGCCCCGUGCUCGAUGUGCGCAAGCAGACUGCUUUCAUGGGGUACACGUACCGCCGCAUGGGGGAGCAUAAUCCCUCGGGAAUUGUCGACUGGGGCGUUGAUACUGCGGAGGAUGGUGGAGGGAAGAGUAAGGGCAUCGAGCUGGCUGCUUAUCGGGCUUGGUGUCAGGGACAAGCGGGCUGA